CCACGAGCCCCUGCGUCACAGAGCGGUGUUGCCGGGGUUUGUGACCUCAGCGUCACCAUGGAAGCGGUCCGUUUGUUCACGUGAUGUCUGUAGCUCCGUCUCCACGUCCAUUUUGAUGUCAGCUUUAUUUCUUAGUGAUGUAAGGUAGCAACCGAGACACCAGCAGCGCGUUUGCUUCAGCGGGCAAGUGGAGGAAGGUUGUGUUUUGAGAUCGCUUUUAACUUAUUAUUAUUAUUAUUAUUAUUAUUUUUAAUACAAAAUAAAAAAACAACACAGUGAAUUGCUUUUGAAGUUGGAGACGAGUCGAGAGGGAGACUUUUUUUUUUGGAUUUUAAAAGGGGGGGGUGGGCCGGGAGGUGAAAUAUUUUAGGAGUGACGUCAGAGAAGGCAGUAUGCCCCCCUGGAGACGGCUGUGUGCCUCAGUGCUGCUCGAGCCCUAUUCAUGGCAGCAGCGGGGGGGUCGCUAGUUGCAGUAAAGUCUGUCCCGGUGGCUUUUCAGGGCAAGCCCCGGAAAAGCGCCGACCUCAAGCGCACGGAGAAUGCUGAAAAGCAGCGGGGCAGCCCAAGGAAAGGGGACUGCGGCUGCGAUAUCUUGUUGGGAGCGUGCAGGGCAAGGAGCGUAAGCCCAGUUGCGGUACCAGCAACUCCGGCGGCGCCUGCCAGCUUGCCCCCGCCGCCUUCUCCGCAAGAGCGACACGGGCUCCACAGCAACCGUCCACGCAGCCUAACUAGCAUGGAAGAGGAUGUGAUACUGAAGCAACUUUCUUCAGGUACGCAGACUGCGGGCAAACGGGUAGAAGCCAUCAAGGCAACCCGUGGUUACAUCUACUCAAACCCCGGGAAGCUGCUGUUUAAAAAGAGAAAUGAAUUGCUGACAGCGGUGGUAGAGGUGCUGGAAAAGGAUGCCAGACGGGACGUCAAAGCCCAAUGUGUGCAGCUGGUCUGUGACAUAGUCCAGAUACCGGACCCGGAGCUGGACCGCUUCAGGCAGGCAGUGCUGCCCGGGCUGCUGUUCGAUCUGAAAGACGAGAGCCCGUCAAUGCGCAAGGAGCUGGUUCAAACUUUGCACAAGUGCCUGAAGUACAGCCGCAGCCCGGAAAAGAUAUUAUCAGCGCUGGUGGAGCACGGGUUGGAAAGCCGGGAGGCCAGUGUCAGGACCGCCACAGUCGUGCUUUUACCCAUUCUGCUUCCCAAAGACUUUCACAGUGUUGACUUGUACGACAUAAUCGAGUCUCUAACCAAGAAACUUACCAACAUCAGUGGCAGCAGCGGACCUAACGACCCUGUGGUGGCAUUCUCCACUUUGGAUUACAUACGACAGCACCUUGCUGUCGGGCAAGAUGAAUUUAAUGCUUACCUGAAACGCCUGCCCCCGGGCCUGAGGCGAGAUUAUAACCGUUUUAUAGAUGAUAACUUUGAGCAGCUUUCUGUUGAUAACGAGCUUAAUAAUAAUAAUACCCCGAGAUCGGCAUAUCCGAGAGGCAGGUGCCCCAGCCCGAGCCCCGCAGCGGCAGUCUCCGGAGGCAGCCCCUCUCUAAAUGAUUCCCCUUUGAUUUUAUCCCCAUUGAAGGAGCACAGCGGCAUGAAAUAUGGCAUUGUACCCCUGGACCUGCACAGCCGGCUGCUGGACCUCAAGGACUACAAGGCCCGGACCCACGCAGUGGAAGAGCUGAAGAGCGUCAUCUCCCACACCGAUCUGUCUAACGUGCCUCCUGCCAACGUGCUCGGCCUGAUCGGCUUCCUGUGCAGCCUGCUCGAUGACAGCAACUUCAAAGUCACGCACAGCACUUUGGAGAUCCUCAACUUGCUGGUGGUCAAGCUGGGGCGCCACGUGGAGCAGUUCCUCCGGGCGGUGGUGACCACUGCGGUCAAGGUCCUGGGCGACAACAAGGCGGUCACCAAGCAGGCCUACAUGAAGGUCUACAUGGGGCUGAUGAAGAACGCCGGCCCCCAAAAGCUGCUGGACCUGCUGCUGGAGAACGUCAAGCACAGGAACUCCAAAGUCCGAGAGGAGGUCAUCAAUAUCAUCAUCGCCUCCCUCCUGACCCACCCCAGCGAGGACUUUGACCUGCCGAAACUCUGCUUCGCCGUGGCUCCAGCCCUGGCUGACGGCAAGAGGAAGGUCCGGCACGCCGCCCUGGAAGUCUUCGCAGUUUUGGCUUCUUCCAUGGGAUCCGGCAAAAUGCAAUCCCUGGUCAAGGCUGUUGACCAGGUGGAGCUGCACGAAGACGUGGAUGGCCUGAUGGCCGCAGUUCAAGCCCGCCUGGCUAGGCGGACUCUCCCGAAGCUGACCGCUCACGGCUUGGUGGAGUACGCGGUCCCCAUCGCAGCCUCCGCUCACGGCAGAGCUUCUCAGCAAGUGCCUCAGGGAGCCGACACUGAGUGGCUGUUCGGGGGCGGAAGGACCUCCAGCGCCACCAGCAACCGGGGGGACACCGAGAGGGGGCCCCACCAGGGCCACAGGUCUACCAGCCCACAGGGCGAGGAGACCCCGAUACACAGAAGGGUGCUGAGCGCCAGCAAAGGAAAGAAUAAACUGCCUUGGGAAAACACCAACACCCCAACCAAGACACCCUUCCAGCCAGCCAAAGCACCCAACGAUACUGAUACUAUUACUAAGGAACAGGUUUCACAGAUUUAUGGUGAAGUUCCACAAUCUCCUAAACUGAGGCGUUCACCAACAAUGCCAGCAAACGAUGACCUCUUCAUCACCAGAAAGUCAGCCGUGAAAUCUGCCAAGCAGGGCAACGUGCAGGCUAUGAAUCUGGUGAAUUCAAGCACUUUGACAAACACUGGUGCAGCAGAGUGGCACCAGCCCCGCAUCUCAGGAAAGCAGGGUCUCCUCGGGUAUUCCAGGAGCAGCGGCAGUGUGGAUUCAGAUCUGCAGUUUUUGGGGACCAGCAGCCAGUUGGAGAAAGCACCCCUCCAUGCCAGUCUGAACCUCUCCACCAAGACCCAGAGGGGCCUCUACAGCCAUCCCAGCGUUGAGCGCACCUUGUCCGGCCCCAGCACUGCCGGGGGCGGCAGCAGCAGCAGCAGCAGCAUCGCCUCACAAGGUGCCUUCAUCCUGCCAUCGUACCCGCUGUCCUCCCCCGGGAGCGGGCAGCUCCACACCACCCCUCCCAGGAAGGGCAUGGAGGACAGCGUGGGCUUCUCCAACACCUGGCCCAGCAAGCCACUCGAUGGCACCUCCAACUCCAGCCCUCGCAAGAGGCUGCCCAGCUCCAGGACUGACGACACUCAAGUAGACAUGACCCAGGAGAAGCACUCUCCAGUCCCCCUGAAACCUGCUCUGGUUCGAACACCUUCCUCCCGUCGCGGCAUUAAUGGGACCAAGCCGGUGCCCCCCCAUCCCAAGGGGGCAUCCUUGGGGAACACACAGCAACAGAAUAACCACGACGUGACCUCUGCCAACGGAAUGCAUGAAGAUUCUGUUGUCAUUGUUGGCAAAGGUGUGUUUGGAAGCCCGACGGCUUCGUUGACCUACAGCCAGGCUAUGCUGUGCUCUGCUGAGAACGGGGACGGUGCUGGGAAGCACAGCACGGAGACCCCCCCUGCCAUCUACGGGAAAUCUGUCCAGCAGAACAGCCACAGCACCUUUGAGAGCAGCGACCAGGCUGAGAGAGAAGUGACAGUUGCCAUCUCCAAGUCAGCCCGUGAUAAGAUGAGACGGAGGAAGAACAAGGCAGAGAGGGAGCAGCUCCUGAGGGAACAGGAGAGGAAGGAGAGACUCGAGGAGAGCCUGAGGGAGCGCCUGAGGGCAAUUGACAUCGACAGCAGCCCGGACGAUCUGAUUGUGAACGGAGGUGUGCUUCUGAAAUCCAAGGCUGAAUCCUUGUCAGCAGAAAGCACCCCCCUCAGCCCCCCUCCCUUGAAAUGCACUCCUAGCUUGAGGAAGGCGCGCUCCCCCAGCUCAGACGAGGUGUCUGCUGGCCCCCGGACCCAGCGCAAGCAGAGGGCCAGCUCCAUCCCCCGCGCCAGUGAGACCGUGGAGCCCUCAGACGUGCGGCCCUUCUCCAAACCAGAGCAAGCACUCCUUGACGCCCUCCGGCUCAUGGCUGACGACGACUGGGAAAAGAAGAUCGAAGGCAUUGGCUUCGUAAGAAGUUUAUCCAUCUACCAUCCGGAUGUGCUGACGACGAGACUUCACGACAUAGCGCUCGCUAUGAUUCGGGAGGUGAAGAACCUGCGUUCAGGAGUGUCCCGUGUGGCGGUGAUGUGUCUGGGGGACAUGUUCACCCACCUGAAGGUCAUGGAGCAAGAGCUGGACGGCACCGUCAGAGCGCUGCUGCACAAAGCAGGAGAGUCCAACACCUUCAUCAGGGAGGACGUGGACAAAGCCCUGGGCGCCAUGGUCAGCAACGUGACCCCGGCCAGGGCGCUGUGUGCACUCAUCGCUGGGGGCUCCAGUCACCUGAACUCCGUGGUGAGGAAGUGCACCGCGCUGCAUCUCUCUGGGCUGGUGGAGAGGAUGGGGCCGGGCCGUCUGCUCUCUGGAAUCAGAGACGUUACCGAUCGACUCUUACCAGUCGUGGCAAAGUUUACCCAGGAUAGCUCUCCGGAAACAAGAUACUACGGCCGUCGAAUGAUUUACCUCAUGAUGUCACAUCAAGACUUCGACAAAGUGCUUGAAAAAUAUUUAACGCCAAAAGACCUGCCAUACAUCAAGGAUACUGUGCACAAUCUACGGCUGAAGGGCCUGGGAGAAAUCCCCCAGGACGCCCCGUCAGCGAGGGGGAGACGGUCACUCCCCGGCAGCGGCACGACCCGGGCCUCUUCUAACACCCGGGACCCCCACAGCUCCAUCGCCAGGGAGCCCGGCGAGUCGACCUGGAAGCCAGCUGUGCGGAACCUUGUGGAUAACCACGAGUUCAUCAAGCAGCUCACCGGCACGCUCAACUCCAAGGACUUCAGGGAGCGCAUCAAGGGGAUCCACCAGCUGGUGUCGGAAUGUGAAACAAACCAGGACCUCAUCAUUUCAAAUAUGUUUCCGAUUUUCGAUGCCUUUAAGACCCGCCUGCACGACUCCAACAGCAAAGUGUGCCUGAUGGCCCUGGAGUCCUUGCAGAAGAUCAUCCUCUUGCUGGGGAACCACCUGUCCCAGGUCGUCUACAUCCUGGUCCCUGCCAUUGUGGACACCAACCUGAACUCCAAGAACAGCGCGGUCUACACUGCUGCCAUCAACGCCCUGCACUGUCUGUCUGAGCAGCUAGAUAACAGCGUGCUGCUCCAGCCUUUCUGCACCAAGGCUCAGUACCUGACUGGGAAGGCCAAACAGGACAUGACUGAAAAGGUGGCAGAUCUCGUGACGGAGCUGUAUCCACGAAAGCCUCAGCUGGUGGAACAGAGGGUGCUGCCCCUCCUGUGGCACCUCUUGAGCAGUGUGAGCAGCGGCAGCACUCUGCCAGGGAAGGGCAGCAGCAUGCGGGGCUCCACCGCCAAGCUCUGCAAAGCUCUGUCCGAACACAUGGGCGACAGCAACCUGCUGAGCCUCGCCGCCAGCAAGUCUCCACAAACCAGCAAGAACGUACUGGAACUGCUGGCGAUUACGACCUGAAUCCACAAUCGAAACGCACUCGCACACACGCACACACAGACACAAACACACACCGACACACUCACACAAACACACACCGACACACUCACACAAACACACACCGACACACUCACACAAACACACGCAUACACACACACAUAGACACACACACACACACGGAUAUAAAAACAACAAUUAAAAAAAACUAUUAAAAAAAAAACAAAAAAACACAAAACCUAAAAAAAAAAAAAAUCUACAGAAAGCUGUUUACUUGAAAACGAACGGCAUUAUUUUACAAUGAUGAUCACAGUGCCUGCACUUUUUUUAUGGUGAGAAUUUCAAAUUAGCACAAGAGGGGAGCAAGCGUCUUGGAAUCAACACUACAUAAGCUCUAGAUCAGAAUCAAAAGAAGAGAACAAGACUGAGCUUAUUCAACGAAAGACUUCCUGCACAGUGUGAAGAAACACAAAUAUAUUUAUAUUAUGAGCACCAGAUGGGGUUGAAUGCCUUUUUUAAAGCAAAAAAACCCUCAAAGCGUUGCUGUUGUUGCACACCACAGAGCCGGCACACAUUGAAACUGUGUGGAUCAGUUACGAAUGGAACAUGAACAUGAACUUGUGAAAAGUCGCUGCAGAAUGUAUUUUCCUGUAAUGCACAAAAAAUACAGUUCCUGUUCGAAAUUAAAAACGUAUGUCAGGGUUUCUUUUUGUUUCCAUAUGUUGUAAGGAUCUUUGUGAUUCACUGGGAUGUCUUUAAAAAAAAAAAAAAAAAAAAAGAAGUGACCUGAGGUUUAGUGUUUUAUAUCAGUCUUGACUUUGUGACAAAAACAAAACAAAUCUAUUUCAGUGGUUCUCAAACUUACUAAAACUGGGACUUCUCUUAAAGGGAUCCUCUGUGUAUUAUUGACAUGCAUCUCAAUAUAUUAAAGGGAUCCUCUGUGUAUUAUUGACAUGCAUCUCAAUAUAUUAAAGGGAUCCUCUGUGUAUUAUUGACAUGCAUCUCAAUAUAUUAAAGGGAUCCUCUGUGUAUUAUUGACAUGCAUCUCAAUAUAUUUAGUGCCGGGACGAUGAACACGGGUUUGUCAUGUUCCAGUAUUAUUUCAUAAUAUUGACAGAUACAGUUUUUGAAUUUGGUCGAAAAACAGAAGUAUUAUUUGUACCAAAUCACAGUAAAAAAAAUGACAAACAAAAACAAACGGUACCCCAUGAAAUUCUCUAUGAAAGAAAGCAGAGCAGCUGCUCUGUGCAGCAGAGUGUGUGUUAUUUAUUGCAGAUGUCAUGUAUGCAUUGGUUCCCUUUGCAUUCAUUAUAUAUGGUUGUUACAGCCGUAUGUAAAUUCUAUCUUGUUUAACUAAUACAAUACUUUGUGAUUUGUUCCACUGAAUACAUCUCAAAAUGUUUGCUCCAAUAUUACUUGUCCCAGCGCUGCAAUAUAUUAUGAUACAGUGGACCCUGUUCACAAAGCUUUAGCUCAGGUGAUUUUUAAAGAAUGUGUUUUUUUUUUAUAUCUAACUGCACAGCUGUCUAACAUAUCUGUCAAAGUGGGCACUUUUUUAAUGAUGUACUAGAUAGUGACAGCACGAGCACAGCCAAACCCAGUCCUCUUCUAUCACAGAACUGAUUCCGCUGGGCUCCACGAGCACAGCCAAACCCAGACCUCUUCUAUCACAGAACUGAUUCCGCUGGGCUCCACGAGCACAGCCAAACCCAGUCCUCUUCUAUCACAGAACUGAUUCCGCUGGGCUCCACGAGCACAGCCAAACCCAGUCCUCUUCUAUCACAGAACUGAUUCCGCUGGGCUCCACGAGCACAGCCAAAUCCAGUCCUCUUCUAUCACAGAACUGAUUCCGCUGGGCUCCACGAGCACAGCCAAACCCAGACCUCUUCUAUCACAGAACAGAUUCCGCUGGGCUCCACGAGCACAGCCAAACCCAGUCCUCUUCUAUCACAGAACUGAUUCCGCUGGGAUCCACGAGCACAGCCAAACCCAGUCCUCUUCUAUCACAGAACAGAUUCCGCUGGGCUCCACGAGCACAGCCAAAUCCAGUCCUCUUCUAUCACAGAACUGAUUCCGCUGGGCUCCACGAGCACAGCCAAAUCCAGUCCUCUUCUAUCACAGAACUGAUUCCGCUGGGCUCCACGAGCACAGCCAAAUCCAGACCUCUUCUAUCACAGAACUGAUUCCGCUGGGCUCCACGAGCACAGCCAAACCCAGACCUCUUCUAUUUUAUUUUAUUUUAUUUUAUUUUAUUUUUUUAAUAAGAUGAACAAUUAAUCUCCACCUGUUGGGAUUUUUAUAUAGAGUUAAAGGAUGGCUAGCGGUAUUUUAGAUCUAAAACAGCCCUCUGUACUAGACCUGUGUUUGUUCAGCCCCCUCACACCCAGCGACCCUCUUUCAGAACCCCUGAUAUAUUUCAGAUUUUAUUGUUUUGUGUUUUUUAAUGCUCCAGUUGUGUAAUUGCACAGUAUUAGCUCAAUCAUGCUGCUGUUUCGUUGAAUCUAUCUAUCUAUCUAUCUAUCUAUCUAUCUAUCUAUCUAUCUAUCUAUCUGUCUGUAAUCUUGGCUUUAACAAUCUAGUUUUUUGCGAUGUAUUGAGAGUUUCUGUAAUAACGUGUUUACCUUUUAUUAUUUUUAUUUUCACUUGACACACGAAUACAGGAAAUAAAUAUAUAUAUACAGUAUAUAAAUAUUUUUGUUAGUAUAUUUUAAAUGUAUACGAAUGCCUAAAAUCAAAGUGUCCUAGGUGUUGGAUGUAAUUACAGUGCUUUUGUGUGCAGAACACUAAAUGAUCUUACUUUCCAGGCUGUUGAUUUGUAAAGAGAGAUAUUGAGCUGGUUUAUGUAUUUCUCAGUAACUAGUGCCAGUGCUAAUAUAGCCUUCUCACUGAAUUUCUCACAGCUGAAUGGUACUGUACUCGUCUUAGAGAGAGAAAAAAGAAACGUGAUGGUAUAUAAAUAAAUGGUUUUAUUUCUUUA